AUGACGACAAUGGAGACAUAUCACGGCAUGGUCAAGACACCUGCCGACGCCAUCAAACUUUUCGAGGCUUGCCGACUGGGACUUUUGCCUAGAGUUCAAAGAAGAUUGUCCGAAAAGGAACGCCAACAGAUUCGAUCCGGGUCGGUUUAUGUCUGGGAUGAGAGGGAAGCUGGCAUGCGGAGGUGGACUGAUGGAAAGUCAUGGAGCGCCAGCCGUGUGUCUGGGAGUUUUUUGACAUACCGCGAGAUGGAAGGCAAGCGAGGGAAUGGU